GAAGCGCAACAUCUUUUGUCAAUAGAAGAUCUCUGUUACGGUCAAUCCCAUUGACAAGUGAUGUAUAUUUGAUGUCGCUUAUCUUAUUUUUCUUGUCUUCUUUGGGGGAUUCGAGGUUGCUCGUUGUGUUGACAAAACAGUCUGCUAAUUGCGGACUUUGUCCUAAACUUGUGACGUGUCUUUUUUAAAACACUGGGAAGAAAAAGAAAAGUUGGACAACAAUGCGCCGUGUAUGUUAGCUUGUCGGGCGUCAACGAUGGAAAACGGCGAGAACGACAAACUAAUUGCCUUCUCGCCGUCGCCGGCUUCUCCUCCGAAUGACGAGUUGAAGAAGCUGCUCCAUUUCAAAGUUUACAAGAGGAGAUGGUUCGUACUCCUGGUGCUGUGCUUGCUCAACUGCUCCAAUGCCACGCUAUGGCUGACCUUUGCACCAGUGGCGGACCAGUCUGCCCAGUACCUACAGGUUACCUUGUCAGACAUCAACUGGUUGUCAGUGGUCUACAUGGUGGUGUCUAUUCCGCUCAGCAUUGCCACCACCUGGAUGCUGGACACGGUCGGGUUGCGCGCCACGCUCAUCCUGGGCUCGUGGUUGAACAUGCUUGGCGGCGUCAUCCGCAUCAUGGGUGGUCCGCCGGGUGAUGAAUUCAGCAUCAACUACACGGUAGUGAUGCUGGGCCAGACGCUGGCGGCAAUGGCACAGCCGCUCAUCAUCUUCACGCCCACAAAGAUGGCGGCGCUCUGGUUCCCAGAACACCAGCGGGCCACGGCCAACACCAUGUCCUCCAUGGCCAACCCGUUGGGCAUUUUGGUGGCUAACUUGGUAUCGCCUGCUGUAGCGCACAAUUCAGAUCGAAUCCCCACACUAAUGUUGGCCUACGCGAUUCCUGCCUGCCUUGCCUGUUUCCUGGCGACAGUGGGCAUACGCAGCAACGCCCCACCUACGCUGCCGUCGGCCAGUGCUGAAUUUUCCACUUCCGAACCUUUUGUGCAAGGCGUCAAACUGCUGCUGAAGAACCGAGCGUAUCUGGUGCUGCUGCUGUGCUUCGGUUCGGGCGUGGGCGUGUUCACAUGCUUCUCCACACUGCUGGACCAGAUCCUCUGCGUGCAGGGCUACACUAACGACUUUGCGGGCCUGUGCGGUGCCCUCUUUAUUGUGUUUGGCAUCGUUGGCGCCGCCUUACUGGGACUGUACGUGGACAAAACCAAAAGGUUCACGGAGGCCAUCAAGAUCAACAUGGCCCUCUCUUCCUUGGCGGGCAUUGCCUUCUCUGUGGUGUGUCUGAUGCAGCAGCAGAGCAUCGCCGUCGCGACGGUGUGCUCGCUCUUUGGCUUCUUUGGGUUCUCCAUUUUCCCAGUGGUCAUGGAGCUGUCAGUGGAAUGUUCCUACCCGGUGGGAGAGGCCACUUCGGCAGGACUCGUCUUCAUAUCAGGGCAAAUCCUGUCCAUCAUCUACAUCGUCCUCCUCCAGUCUUUGGCCACGCCUGUCGCCGAGUCACUUCGCUCGACAUGUGGGCUCGCCCCUCAGAGCUGGAAAGUGUCCAUGUUCGUGCUAGCAGCACUGACCACCCUCUUCACCUGCGUUUUCAUCAUCGUCUUCCAUACACGCUACAAGCGCCUGGAGGCCGAGGAGGAUGCCACCUACGGGCACGCCCGAGACAAUCGAUCUGCUGCUCCCACCCCAGCCAGCAUUAACACAUAACGAUCCACAACGAUACAACUUCUGAAUUAUGUGAAUGAUAUUUUUAAAUGAUGGAAAGCGGAUCCUGAUUGAAAUUGUGUGUUGUUGGUGUGUUUAUAAUAUUGACAAUAUUGUAAUUUAUUUUUUAUUGAUUCCUUAUCUAGGUUUGUAUUUGUGUUUUAAUUUGAUCAUGUCAUUAGUUAAACUAAAAAAAUUUCAUUUUUAUGUUUUGUGAGUAAAAGGUAAUUAUCACAAAAACUAAUUCCUAUGGUGUUAACCGUUAACUACAAAA